GCAGGUUGAAGAACCGUCAGGUGAGACGAUUACAAGGAAAAUAUAUAUUUUUUUUACCUCAUUGAACGCGUCGUCGUCCCUGUUGUUUGUAGUAACAGUGUCAGAAAGCGUUAUAGUUUAAAUCCCGUUCGCACCUUAAGCUGUAAGUGACUGUAGAAAAUUAGGAGCAACUUAUUCAACCGUUUAUUUCCGUUUAAAGCGGCUGACAGUUACUGCGCAGAUUUUAAUGCAGAGUUCGAAAGUUGUCGAAGUUUAACGAAACGAACUGUAGAGGCGAACAGAGAAAACCAGGAGAAAAGUUAGUUUUCUAUGACUCCAGCAACUACAGAGACAGGAACAAGAGAAGAAAAUAACCGUCAGUGAACACACCCGAGUAAAUAAGAGGACGAAUAAAACAGGGAGAAACACUGAAAGUGAAAGUAUGAAGUCAGUCCAGACGCCAUUUUGACUCCACAGCAGAAAUAAACAGGACGUGUGCAGGUGUUACAGGUUUACCUCUCAGACCAGAGAAGAUGAAUGAUUUGGAGGAAGAGGAGGACAGAGCAGAGUCUCCAGGAUCCAGCUGUCUGUCUUUGAAGAGUGACUGGUCCAAAAAUUUUAAUCCUCCACUCUUCAGUAAUGAACCUGGACCCUCAGACACAAACAGUCAUCAGACACAGUUUCCACUAGAGAAGAAGAGGAGUGGUGUCUCUGUGGAGGAGCAGCUGUCCUGCUGUGAUCUGUGUCAGGACGUCCUGAAGGAUCCAGUCUCUACCACCUGUGGACACUGGUUCUGCAGACAGUGCAUCACCUCAUACUGGGACCAGUCUGGUCCCUCAGGAGACUCCUCCUGUCCCCAGUGUGGACAAAGAUCCAGACCUGUACUGCAGACAGCCAGUCAGACCAGCACUGUAUGGGGCUGCUGUGGCUCAGGAGUCGCCCACCAAUCAAAAGAUAGUGGUCUGCAGGAGGUUUUAGAUGAACAUAAGAUCAGUCUGAGGAGGAGAUGUGAACGUGUGACUGAAGGAACUGAUGGAACAGGAAGUAGAACCCUCCUCAACAGGAUCUACACUGAGCUCUACAUCACAGAGGGACAGAGUGAAGAGGUUAAUACCCAACAUGAGGUGAGGCAGCUGGAGACAGCUUCCAAGGAGAAGACCCUCUAUGACACUCCAAUCAGGUGCCAGGACAUCUUUAAAGCCUUACCUGACCAAAAGAGACAGAAACAGACAGGCAGACAGAGAAAGAGACGCAUGGCAGACAAACAGACACAGACAGAGAGACUCAGAGUGAUUCUGACCAACGGCGUCGCUGGUGUUGGAAAAACCUUCUCAGUGCAGAAGUUCACUCUGGACUGGGCAGAGGGCUUGGAAAACCAAGAUGUCAGUCUGCUGGUUCUGCUUUCGUUCAGGGAGCUGAACCUGAUCAGAGAUGAGCAGUACAGUCUUCUCACACUGCUCCAUGUUUUCCAUCCAACAUUACAGAAGGUCACAGCAGAGAAGCUGGCUGUCUGUAAAGUUCUGUUCAUCUUUGACGGCCUGGAUGAAAGCAGACUUUCACUGGAUUUCAACAACAGGAAGGUUGUGUCUGACGUCACACAGAAGUCAUCAGUCAACGUGCUGCUGACAAACCUCAUCCAGGGGAAUCUGCUUCCCUCGGCUCUGGUCUGGAUAACUUCCAGACCUGCAGCGGCCAAUCAGAUCCCUCCUUCAUGUGUUGACAGGGUAACAGAAGUACGAGGCUUCACUGACCCACAGAAGGAGGAGUACUUCAGGAGGAGAUCCAGUGAUGAAGAGCUGUCCAACAGAACCAUCUCACACAUCAAGACCUCCAGGAGCCUCCACAUCAUGUGUCAAAUCCCAGUCUUCUGCUGGAUCACUGCUACAGUUCUGGAGCACAUGUUGACUACAGAGCAGAGAGGAGAGCUGCCCAAGACCCUGACUGACCUGUACUCACACUUCCUGCUGGUUCAGACAAAGAGGAAGAAGAACAAGUACCAUGAGGGACAUGAGACGAGUCCACAGGAGCUGACGGAGGCUGACAGGGAAGUUCUUCUGAAGCUGGGGAGGCUGGCGUUUGAACAUCUGGAGAAAGGAAACAUCAUGUUCUACCAAGAAGACCUGGAGCAGUGUGGUCUUGAUGUGACAGAGGCCUUGGUGUACUCAGGAGUUUGUACAGAGAUCUUCAAAAGAGAGAGUGUGAUCUUCCAGAAAACAGUCUACUGCUUUGUUCAUCUGAGCGUUCAGGAGUUUCUGGCUGCAGUCUACAUGUUCCACUGUUUCACCAACAGGAACACACAGGUACUGAAGAAGUUCCUGGGAAAAGACAGGAACAAUACAAACUAUAAACUGUCUCUGGAAGAUGAGAAAUAUGUUGACAGGGUCGUAUGGUCCUCAGAAGAUGAUGACGGCCAAUAUUCUGAUGGUGGCAGUGACAAGUCUCUGGGUGACUUCCUGGGAAAAGACUGGAACAACACAAACGAUAAACUGUCUCUGGAAGAUGAGAAAUAUGUUGACAGGGUCGUAUGGUCCUCAGAAGAUGAUGAUGGCCAAUAUUCUGAUGGUGGCAGUGACAAGUCUCUGGGAAAAAAGUCUCUGAGAAAAAACUGGAUCAACUCAAACCAUAACCUGUCUCUGGAUGACUUCCUGAGGAGAGUCAUGGAGAAAUCCCUUGAAAGUGAAAAUGGCCACCUGGACCUGUUUGUUCGCUUCCUUCAUGGCCUCUCUCUGGAGUCCAACCAGAGACUCUUAGGAGGCCUGCUGGGUCAGACAGAGAACAGUCCAGAAAUCAUCCAGAGAGCCAUCAACAACCUGAAGAAGAUGAACGUGUCCAACACCUCUCCUGACAGAAGCAUCAACAUCUUCCACUGUCUGAUGGAGAUGAACGACCACUCAGUCCAUCAGGAGAUCCAAGAGUUCCUGAAGUCAGAGAACAGAUCAGAGAAGGAACUCUCUGUGAUCCAGUGCUCAGCUCUGGCCUACAUGCUGCAGAUGUCAGAGGAGGUUCUGGAUGAGUUGGACCUGAUGAAGUACAAGACAUCAGAGGAGGGACGACGGAGACUGAUCCCAGCUGUGAGGAACUGCAGAAAGGCUCGACUUGUUAACUGUCGACUCUCAGAGAUUCACUGUGAAGUCGUGGCCUCAGCUCUGAAGUCCAACCCCUCCCAUCUGACAGAACUGGACCUGAGUGGAAACUGGGACCUGCAGGAUUCAGGAGUGAAGAUACUGUCCUCAGGACUGGGGAGUCCAAACUGUAGACUGGAGACUCUGAGGUUGCUUGACUGCAGGUUGUCAGAGAUCAGCUGUUCUUCUCUGGUCUCAGCCCUGAAGUCCAACCCCUCCCAUCUGAGAGAUCUGGACCUGACUAACAAUGACCUGCAGGAUUCAGGAGUGAAGAAGUUGUGUGGCUUUCUGCAGAGUCCAGACUGUAGACUGGAGACUCUGAGGUUGAUGAACUGCAGGUUGUCAGAGAUCAGCUGUUCUUCUCUGGUCUCAGCUCUGAAGUCCAACCCCUCCCAUCUGAGAGACCUGGACCUGAGUCUCAACUACCUGCAGGAUUCAGGAGUGAAGGAGCUGUGUGGUUUUCUGCAGAGUCCAGACUGUAGACUGGAGACUCUGAGGUUGAGGGGCUGCAGGUUGUCAGAGAUCAGCUGUUCUUCUCUGGUCUCAGCUCUGAAGUCCAACCCCUCCCAUCUGAGAGAUCUGGACCUGACUAACAACAACAAGCUGCAGGAUUCAGGAGUGAAGGAGCUGUGUGGUUUUCUGCAGAGUCCAGACUGUAGACUAAAGACUCUGAGGUUGGAGAACUGCAGUUUGUCAGAAAUCAGCUGUUCUUCUCUGGCCUCAGCUCUGAAGUCCAACCCCUCCCAUCUGAGACAUCUGGACCUGAGUAACAUCUACCUGCAGGAUUCAGGAGUGAAGGAGCUGUGUGGUUUUCUGCAGAGUCCAGACUGUAGACUGGAGACUGUGAGGUUGAGGUUCUGCAGGUUGUCAGAGAUCAGCUGUUCUUCUCUGGCCUCAGCUCUGAAGUCCAACCCCUCCCAUCUGAGAGAACUGGACCUGAGCUACAACUAUCUGCAGGAUUCAGGAGUGAAGGAGCUGUGUGGUUUUCUGCAGAGUCCAGACUGUAGACUGGAGACUCUGAGGUUGAAGAACUGCAGUUUUUCAGAGAUCAGCUGUUCUUCUCUGGUCUCAGCUCUGAAGUCCAACCCCUCCCAUCUGAGAGAUCUGGACCUGACUAACAACAACUACCUGCAGGAUUCAGGAGUGAAGGAUCUGUGUGGUUUUCUGCAGAGUCCAGACUGUAGACUGGAGACUCUGAGGUUGAGGGACUGCAGUUUGUCAGAAAUCAGCUGUUCUUCUCUGGUCUCAGCUCUGAAGUCCAACCCCUCCCAUCUGAGAGAACUGGACCUGAGCUACAACAAGCUGCAGGAUUCAGGAGUGAAGGAGCUGUGUGGUUUUCUGCAGAGUCCAGACUGUAGACUGGAGACUCUGAGGAUGAUGAACUGCAGGUUGUCAGAGAUCAGCUGUUCUUCUCUGGUCUCAGCUCUGAAGUCCAACCCCUCCCAUCUGAGAGAUCUGGACCUGAGUGGAAACAACGACCUGCAGGAUUCAGGAGUGAAGGAUCUGUGUGGUUUUCUGCAGAGUCCAGACUGUAGACUGGAGACUCUGGGGUUGAGUUACUGCAGGUUGUCAGAGAUCAGCUGUUCUUCUCUGGUCUCAGCUCUGAAGUCCAACCCCUCCCAUCUGAGAGAUCUGGACCUGAGCUGGAACAACCUGCAGGAUUCAGGAGUGAAGGAGCUGUGUGAUCUUGUGCAGAGUCCAGACUGUAGACUGGAGACUCUGAGUGUUACAGGUUUACCUCUCAGACCAGAGAAGAUGAAGGAUUUGGAGGAAGAGGAGGACAGAGCAGAGUCUCCAGGAUCCAGCUGUCUGUCUAUGAAGAGUGACUGGUCCAAAGAUUUUCCUCCAGACUUCAGUAAUGAACCUGGACCCUCAGACACAAACAGUCAUCAGACACAGUUUCCACUAGAGAAGAAGAGGAGUGGUGUCUCUGUGGAGGAGCAGCUGUCCUGCUGUGAUCUGUGUCAGGACGUCCUGAAGUAUCCAGUCUCUACCAGCUGUGGACACUGGUUCUGCAGACAGUGCAUCACCUCAUACUGGGACCAGUCUGGUCCAUCAGGAGACUCCUCCUGUCCCCAGUGUGGAAAAAGAUCCAGAACAAGACCUGUACUGCAGACAGCCAGUCAGACCAGCACUAUACAAACAGAUAGUGGUCUGCAGGAGGUUUUAGAUGAACAUAAGAUCAGUCUGAGGAGGAGAUGUGAACGUGUGACUGAAGGAACUGAUGGAACAGGAAGUAGAACCCUCCUCAACAGGAUCUACACUGAGCUCUACAUCACAGAGGGACAGAGUGAAGAGGUUAAUACCCAACAUGAGGUGAUGCAGCUGGAGACAGCUUCCAAGAAGAAGACCCUCCAUGACACUCCAAUCAGGUGCCAGGACAUCUUUAAAGCCUUACCUGACCAACAGAGACACAUCAGAGUGGUUCUGACCAACGGCGUCGCUGGAGCUGGAAAAACCUUCUCAGUGCAGAAGUUGACUCUGGACUGGGCAGAGGGCUUGGAAAACCAAGAUGUCAGUCUGCUGGUUCUGCUUUCGUUCAGGGAGCUGAACCUGAUCAGAGAUAAGAAGCACAGUCUUCUCACACUGCUCCAUGUUUUCCAUCCAACAUUACAGAAGGUCACAGCAGAGAAGCUGGCUGUCUGUAAAGUUCUGUUCAUCUUUGACGGCCUGGAUGAAAGCAGACUUUCACUGGAUUUCAACAACAGGAAGGUUGUGUCUGACGUCACACAGAAGUCAUCAGUCAACGUGCUGCUGACAAACCUCAUCCAGGGGAAUCUGCUUCCCUCGGCUCUGGUCUGGAUAACUUCCAGACCUGCAGCGGCCAAUCAGAUCCCUCCUUCAUGUGUUGACAGGGUAACAGAAGUACGAGGCUUCACUGACCCACAGAAGGAGGAGUACUUCAGGAGGAGAUCCAGUGAUGAAGAGCUGUCCAACAGAACCAUCUCACACAUCAAGACCUCCAGGAGCCUCCACAUCAUGUGUCAAAUCCCAGUCUUCUGCUGGAUCACUGCUACAGUUCUGGAGCACAUGUUGACUACAGAGCAGAGAGGAGAGCUGCCCAAGACCAUGACUGACCUGUACUCACACUUCCUGCUGGUUCAGACAAAGAGGAAGAAGAACAAGUACCAUGAGGGAAAUAAAGAAAAGAAAAAGAGGAAGAGGAAGAGGAAGAGUCCACAGGAGCUGACGGAGGCUGACAGGGAAGUUCUUCUGAAGCUGGGGAGGCUGGCGUUUGAACAACUGGAGAAAGGAAACAUCAUGUUCUACCAAGAAGACCUGGAGCAGUGUGGUCUUGAUGUGACAGAGGCCUUGGUGUACUCAGGAGUUUGUACAGAGAUCUUCAAAAGAGAGAGUGUGAUCUUCCAGAAAACAGUCUACUGCUUUGUUCAUCUGAGCGUUCAGGAGUUUCUGGCUGCAGUCUACAUGUUCCACUGUUUCACCAACAGGAAGACACAGGUACUGGAGGACUUCAUGGGAAAACAACAUGUUGAUUCAACCCUGGAUGUCUUUCUGAGAGGAGCAGUAAAAACAUCCCUGAGGAGUAAAAAUGGCCACCUGGACCUGUUUGUUCGCUUCCUUCAUGGCCUCUCUCUGGAGUCCAACCAGAGACUCUUAGGAGGCCUGCUGGGUCAGACAGAGAACAGUCCAGAAAUCAUCCAGAGAGCCAUCAACAACCUGAAGGGGAUGAAUAUUAACAACACCUCUCCUGAUAGAAGCAUCAACAUCUUCCACUGUCUGAUGGAGAUGAACGACCACUCAGUCCAUCAGGAGAUCCAAGAGUUCCUGAAGUCAGAGAACAGAUCAGAGAAGAAACUCUCUGUGAUCCAGUGCUCAGCUCUGGCCUACAUGCUGCAGAUGUCAGAGGAGGUUCUGGAUGAGUUGGACCUGAACAAGUACAAGACAUCAGAGGAGGGACGACGGAGACUGAUCCCAGCUGUGAGGAACUGCAGAAAGGCUCGACUUUCUGGCUGUGGACUCUCAGAGGCUCACUGUGAAGUUGUGGCCUCAGCUCUGAAGUCCAACCCCUCCCAUCUGACAGAACUGGACCUGAGUGGAAACAAAAUGAAGAAUUCAGUGGUGAAGCUGGUGUCUGUUGGACUGGAGAGUCCAAACUGUAGACUGGACCAUCUGAGGUUGAGGGACUGCAGUUUGUCUGAGAUCAGCUGUUCUUCUCUGGCCUUAGCUUUGAAGUCCAACCCCUCCCAUCUCAGAGAUCUGGAGCUGGGUAACAAUGAGCUGCAGGAUUCAGGAGUGAAGGAGCUGUGUGGUUUUCUGCAGAGUCCAGACUGUAGACUGGAGACUCUGAGGUUGUGGAACUGCAGUUUGUCAAAGAUCAGCUGUUCUUCUCUGGUCUCAGCUCUGAAGUCCAACCCCUCCCAUCUGAGAGAACUGGACCUGAGCUACAACAACCUGCAGGAUUCAGGAGUGAAGAAGUUGUGUGGUUUUCUGCAGAGUCCAGACUGUAGACUGGAGACUCUGGGGUUGAUGAACUGCAGUUUGUCAGAGAUCAGCUGUUCUUCUCUGGUCUCAGCUCUGAAGUCCAACCCCUCCCAUCUGAGAGAACUGGACCUGAGCUACAACAAGCUGCAGGGUUCAGGAGUGAAGGAGCUGUGUGGUUUUCUGCAGAGUCCAGACUGUAGACUGAAGACUCUGAGCUGGAAGUGAGGAUGAGCUGUGUCCUGAUGAUCCAGAUGUUGAAGCAGCAGCAGCAGCAGCUUGUGUGUAGAGAGGCUCUGACUGGACCAUGUUACUGGGAGGUAGAGUGGAGAGGAGAGCUUCAUCCAGCAGUGACUGACAGAGGAAUCAGAAGAAGUGGAGAUGACUCUCAGUGCUGCAGUCUGAACUGAUCUGAGAACAGCUCCACUGUCAGACACAGAGUCCAGUCCACCAUCAUCCCUGUGUGUUCCUCUGGAUCUGACAGAGCAUCAUCAGUGUGUCUGGACUUCAACUUGAUAACGUUGAGCUGAAGUUAAUCUCAAGCUUCAGCAGUGUUACACAAAUCAAGUCAUUCUCUUCCACAGUUCCAGUCUGUUUGUGUUGCUCUCAACAGUUUCCUGGCUGAGCUUCACAAAGAGGGAAUUUCAUUCUGAAAUCACUUGAACUUUGGACCAUUAGUUGAACUCAGACUGUUGAAGCCUCAUGUUCUCUUCAGCUCAACUUCACACUGUAUUAUUGUACAGGAGGAACAUGUUGUUUUUAUCCUCCAUCUCUUCCAUUAACGUUGUGUUAAAUCUUCAUCUGUCCAUUAUAAUGGUGAGUCAACAAGUAUCAUGGAUUUCAUUCGUCACUAACUAACUGCACUUUAAAUCACUUUAUGUUGAAUAAUGUGUUUUUAUAUUUACCUUCUGUUUCUUUACUAACUAAUCUUUGGUGUUGAGUUCUGGUGUUUUUAUAGCAGAAUAUUAUUACAUUUAUAUUUACUCAUUUGACAGAUGCUUUUAUCCAAAGUGACUUAUAAGUGAAGGACAACACCAAAGCUUCAGUGCAGAUUCUCUGACUAUAAAUGGAGGAUCUGUCUGAUCUUUAUACUGUAAAACACUAAAAAACACAGUUACUAUGAAAAGAAGAAAAGGUUGAUGUGCUGUUUUUUGGUAUUUAGUCAUAACAACCUCCUCCAAUCAGAGGUGGAGUGCAGCCUGAGAGGUAAAACCCAGGACUGAAAAAGUCCCCAAAUCACUGGCUGCUGCUUGUAAAGGUUGUUGCUGCAGAUGUACAGUAGUAAAGCCAAACCCAGGUGAGUGUGUCACCAUUUGAAUCAGCUCCUCUCUCAUGUCAUCAGCUGCACAGUCAGAGGACACUGCAGAGAGGUUUUAGUGAGGAAAUGACAGUGACAGUCAUUGAAAUGGUCUGCAGCUCUGUACUUCUGUCAUCAACACUCUGCUUCUUUGUUCACUGACGUUGGAUGUGACAUGAUGUUAAAAAUAAAGUGUAGAUUUCA